UAAAAUAGGAGUGACAUCUAGAAAUAACAAAGAAACAUCAGCCGGCAGCAGAGAUUAACAAACCCAGCCCUAAGCCUUAGCUUCUCCUCGUCGACGUUCAAAGCCUUUGCUUUGCGGCUCCACUAUCUUCACUCUUCAGAGUUCAUAACGUUGAGUUAGAUGGAAACGAGACCAGACCCUGAUGUUGAUGAUGAUUUUAGCGAACUAUACAAGGAGUACACUGGCCCUCCCGGGUCAAAUGCCACAAACACACAAGAUAGGGCAAAGCCAAACAAAAGGUCCCUUACCGGGUCUGACGAGGAAGAGGAAACUCGCGAUCCGAACGCCGUCCCAACUGAUUUCACCAGCCGAGAAGCCAAGGUUUGGGAGGCCAAGUCAAAAGCUACUGAGAGGAACUGGAAGAAGAGGAAGGAAGAGGAAAUGAUUUGCAAAAUCUGCGGGGAACCAGGUCACUUUACUCAGGGGUGUCCAUCUACGCUUGGAGCAAAUCGCAAGUCUCAAGAUUUCUUGGAAAGGGUACCUGCUAGAGAAAAGCAUGUAAAAUCACUUUUCACAGAGAAAGUGAUAGACAGGAUUGAAAAGGAUAUUGGCUGCAAUAUUAAGAUGGAGGAAAAAUUUAUCAUUGUCAGUGGCAAGGAUAGGUUAAUUUUAAGAAAGGGGGUGGAUGCUGUGCACAAAGUGAUUAGAGAGGAAGGUGAGCAAAGAGAUGGUUCUGGUUCUCACAUGACUAGAUCAAGGUCAUCUGAGCGAAGUCCUGUUGGUUCACGGUUACAACGCUCUGAAUCUCAGAGGUCUCAUUCUGGUCCCCGAAAUGGGUCACAUUUUCAACAAAGAUUUCACAGGCAGGAGAAGUUUGUUGAAGACCGUAUACGUCAGGAUAUGCAGAAAUUUUCCAGGGGUUCUCCACAAGCUUAUGGUAAUGACGGAGCUAGAGGUCGUCCAAGUCAUUCAAAUUCUCCAGCCCGUGCCCCUUACAUGGGAAACUCGUAUAGUUCAUACGAUGGUCAUAAUCAGAGCAUGGCUACUUAUAGAAAUGAUGGAUGGGAUUCUGAUAAAAAAGGAUCUGAUAUGCAAUCUGGUCGUCAGUUUGAUUACUCUGCCACCCCUCAGACAUUAGAAGAAUUAGAAUUGGAGUACAAAAGAGAGGCAAUGGAACUUGGAAGAAUUCGUGACAAGGAAGAAGAUGAAGAAAAUUACAAACAUCGUGAGGUGAUUAGGGAAAUGAGAGAGAACUACAUCAAGAAACUGGGUACCCUGAGGGGGAUGCAUGCAAAACAGUGGGAGGAUUUUAUUCAAAUUGAUGCCCAGAGGCAUCAACAACAGGCUAAUCAGCAGAUGUCGGCUUCAGGUUUUGGUGGUUAUAAAUCACAGAAUUAUAAUGAAUACGAUGGCUCCUCAGCCAAUCCUCAUUAUGCCGGUGCCAGUUUAGCUAUGGAUUCAAGGAGCAGGUACCCAAACCCUAUGGAAAAUUAUCCUUCAAGGCCUCAUGACAACUUUGGCGAGUUCCAGCGUCAGAGGCAUGAUGAUUAUGGGAGAGGUUACAGUCGAUACUGAAUGUUUAAGUGCCAUUACAUUUGGUGAGUGUCUUACCCUUCAGGCAACUUAAAAGGAUUUAAAUUGUUACCUUAUGUUUUGGCCGAAAAGUUGAAUAUCCCGUAUAUCCAGGUUCAUCUAAGGUAGACACUAUAUAACGUGGUUCUUAGGGAUGCGGAGCUCAAAUUUCAGUAGAAUGCUUUUAGCAACCACACAGAAUGUCGAUUUGUGAAUCUUGGGGGUGUUGGGUUGGCUAGGGAACUAGGAUGUUGGAAUUGUUAAUGUGGUUUGCAGAUUAUUGUUUGAUUAUUUAGCACUAGUUAAAUUCCGCUCCGAAAAAUUUUCAGGGUGCAGGUCUGAGUAAUGUAGCGGUAUGCACAGGGGAGCACCAAAUCUAGGUAAGCAUGUUUUCUAUGAUUUAAAAUUGAGGGAAGAAUUGUGCACAUUAAUCGAGUGGUACAGCUGCUGUUUUGCAAUAUGGUGACUCAGUUCUGUUUAGAACUUGUUGUAAACAAGUGAGACAUGAUUUCCAUUGGCCAGUAGUGUUUGGAUUUUUGACAGUAUUCAUUGGGUUAUAAUUAAAGUAGAUAGACUCUUCAUCUUAA